UGGAGUCAGUUCAGUUUUUCGAACAACUUUGCCCGAAGCGGUCGGUCCAUUGAAGAAUAGCGGCUGCGCUGUCUCGUGCAAACGUGCGAACCAAAAUUCUUACUGGUCCAUGUUGAUGUUGAUUGCCCACGACGGGUUUGGUAAAUAAAUUGUAAACUUACGAGUCUAUUUGUGUUUUGAAAUCUCGGCCAGGAUGUUGCUUGAGUGUGUAUUCAGUGUAAUUUGUGCCAUGUUCAGAUUCUAGAAUCGUCAGCUAAGAGAUUUUGAUCGGUUAUCUUGUAUUGAUUGUAUGCAUUUUUUUUUUGCAAUCUCAAGUUCUCAUUGAAGAUACAGCGCAAUUUGGUGAUCUGUGUGUAUGUUGUAAGUUUUCCUCCCAAGGCAAAGAAAAACCUCAAGUGCAACGAACCGUAUACAGAGGGGAGUUGUAGUGAAAAGUGAAUGCCUUUCCAAGACAAGACAAGGCAUCGACGAAGAUCGUUCAUAGAAGAAGCACCGAAAGUGCGUGACGGUUUUUUUGCUUACCACAUUUCAUGUUGACGGAGCAUCGGGGCCUGGCUUUAGUGAAAUUCAAUCUAGUAUGAAAAGCAGACAUAGUAAAUCGUAAAUUCAAGGAUACGGUCGGCUGGAGCUCCCGUACAAGUGUACAGCAGAAAUAAUGUCCGUCAACUAUGUGUACAAAGUGAAGAAAGGAAUACACAAAGUGAUCUACGACAAGCUCUACUUCAACUGUUCCACGUUCAGAAAGAUGCAUUACGAAGAAGUGCCGGACGCAUACGACUACAGCUACAGUGGGAACCAUUCCUAUCACCAGCAGCACCCACCGCCCGACGGGAGCAGCGGAAACUCCUGUAGCGAUGCCGUGAUGAUCAAGAUCGAUGUUCCUCCACCGAUGCCUAACGAGCAACGUUUUCCGAAGGAAAUUUGGAAAACGUUUCUAGCACUGAUGAUGCUGGCGUUCAACUUCAUUUUGGCAACGGUUUCGUUGGCAAUGGUACACGAUCGGGUGCCGAACCGGGACACCUAUGGACCGCUGCCCGAUGUGGUGCUGGACAACAUGCGGCCGUUGGAGUGGGCACUGGACGUCAGUGAAGUGCUCAUUAUGGUGGUGGUGAACUCGUGCGUCCUGCUGAUCACCUUUCAUAAACAUCGGUUCAUAGUGAUGCGAAGGAUAUUCUUGGUGAUGGCACUGCUCUACUUCAUGCGGUCAAUCACCAUGUACGUGACGGUACUACCAAUUUCCAGUACCUCGUACUACUGUAGCCCCAAGUCGAACUCUACGACACCGUUGGAGAUCAUGAAACGUGCCUUCCAGCUAAUUUCCGGCUUCGGGCUGUCGAUCAAUGGCAAGCACAUCUACUGCGGCGACUACAUCUAUAGUGGCCACACGGUGACGCUGGUGAUGGGCUACCUGAUUAUCGCCGAAUACUCACCAAAGAAGUUCUGGAUUAUCCAUUGGCUCGCGUGGUGUGCCAGUUUGGCUGGCGUUUCGUUUGUGUUGCUUGCCCACGGUCACUACACCGUCGACGUGCUGAUUGCAUACUACGUGACAACGAGACUGUUCUGGACGUACCACACUCUGGCGAACAAUAGUCUUCUGCUUAAGCAAAACGGUCACAACUACAUUGGCCGCGAGUGGUGGUUCUUCAUCUUCCGUUACUUUGAAAGGAACGUUCGCGGACCGGUACCGCUGCAGUAUGACUGUCCAUUUCCGAUUCCUUGGACGAAAAAAGCGCAAAAACUGCCCAACCGUGAAAGCUGAUGAGCAUAAGGAAGAACCACUCCUAAAGCAGACGCAAGCGGAGCAGAUAUCGCACAGGACAACGUGGCUCAGCGGAAGCCAAAGCAAUAGAAAACAUCCGUUUUAGCUGUUAGUAGUUUGUAAAGUUAGGAAGCUGUGCUGUCACAGUAGAAACAUUUACCCGGCAUCGACAACAAACGGAAGCAGCAAAUCCAAAACGCAUAAGACUUGAUUAUGAUCCUAUUUUUCUAGGAGCUAGUAAGUGUACCGAAUCGUUUUAAGUUGUAAAAAUCUUUACCCAAAUUGUUCCAUUGAAUGAAAAACUCGUGUUGAUGUUUUUAUGUGAAACCAGUUUGUGAAUAACAAACCACCGCUUAUUGGAAAGCAACCGAUUUUUGGUGUAGUUUCUAAGUGUUGUAAGUUAACAUAGCUUUUAUAGCGAAUCAAACAAAAAAUGAGAUACCUACAAAACCUAAACGGCAGCCGACGGCUACUUCUAGUCAGCUGUGUCAAUGAUAGAGUGGAACAUGAAGCCAAUCUAAUGUAGAAGCGAAUGCUACAGACAUUUUAGACAUAACAGAAUAUUACACCUAAGCAGAAAAAACAUGAAAUUCUAAGCUGCCUUCUUAUCAUAUUAUAGGAAACCCCGUUUUAGAGAGAAAUUGUAUCGAAAACCAUGUGAUAAUCAUUAGAGACAAUUCAAUUUUACUGUAGUUUAUUUAUAGGACGAUAGCAAAUGAACAGAAGCAUCUAAUCGAUAUUUUCAAUUCCUCGGUCAUACAACGGAAACAGCAGAAAUCUUAGCACAGAUCUUAAUUCGAAGAAAAAUUAUACCAACCAACCUACACAACAGUCAUUAAUGCGUUGUUCUAUGGUGUAUCUCACGGGUCUAUUUCUUCACCUCCACUUAACAUCCACAUUCUCGUUUACGUUGGAACCGUAUUUUUCAUACAAAAAAAAAAUUGUAUGGAAUAUAAGGUUCGAACGUUAAACGAGAUAAUUUUAGUGUAAACCUGUUGAAGAUAUUGGUCCUAAGUAAGCCUUAUCUUGAAACUUCAAGAGCACAUUAUUUGUCAGCUCCCACAAAACAUUCGAUAAUGAAAUUGCAACUACCUGUUUGCUGCGCUGUUUCAUGAUUGUAUGUUUUGUUGAAGCUGACAUGCGUGCUCUUGAGGUUUCAAGAUACGGCUUCCUCAGCGAUUCACCUUAAGCAACUGCGUGUAAAAAAUUAUUCUAACGAGAGCAAUCGAAUCAAUCAGAACCUGUUUUUGCUGGUCCAAAAUUUCAUCAGUGUGCCUUGAAUAUCAAUCUUUUCCAAACAAGUAGAAAUUAAUAAAUUUAAAUAACAAC